AUGGUUUCACGGAUCAGCUUCUCACAAGAAAGCGUGGAGCCCACCUAUAAUCUAACAGUAUUCGAUCAGGAUGGCCACUUUAUUCGGGAGUCUCAAGCUAUGAAUGCAUCCAGUGUCUCGUAUCCUUUCGAGCCCUCAGAUACACUGCCAGAUAAUGUGAAUCCGACGCUUCGUAGUUUGAUGGAUAAGCUUAAAGAAUCAAAAGAGUCCAAAGAAUCGAGUUUUCUCGAAGGUUUGUUCAAUACACUCUGCGCGGCUGGAGAGACCGUCAAGCAUCCGCCUAAUUCUUACGCUGAGACGAUGAUGAGUAUCUUGCGGAAACCCCUAGCCGUCGUACAGAUGGGAUUCAGUCUGGAGUUAGCCAAUGCACCCUUGGCCAAUCAUUCCACCAUCGCGUAUUUGAGAUUAGAAGACAUCACGUCGUAUAAUAUCAGCAUGAAACUUGGAGACAAGACAAACAGGUUGGUUGGGCUUGUCGGAUACUUCAUGCAGAAAAAAGAUGAUCCUUCAUCAUAUGACAUGAACUCCCUCUUCUCCUACUUUGCUCCAUCCCAAGCUAGGGGACCCAGCGUCUCGAUAGCAGAGUUCUUCAGUCUCGAGCCGUAUUACCUCAAUCCAGCCGAUUACAACCAAAAUGAAAUCAGCUACGCCCAAGCUCACGACAACAAGCGUCAAGUCAUCGCCGCGAUCGCCGAUCCUUUCGUAUCCGUUCACGCAAAUACUGAAAUGCUACCCAUAAAACUUCUCUCCUUACCACCAUGGACCAUUUCAUCCGGCAUCAAACGUGUCUCAACAUUCUACCGCAUGGGUCCGCUGCUAAUACCCGGCGAUCCAGUGCCUGAUUUUGUGGAGGCGAAGAAAGUCAAUCAUGAUAAUCAGUUGGAUGAGAAGAAUAUUCCUGACACGACGGGGAGUAUUCCGGUUCCUGUUGCGUUGAAUAAGGAUGGGUGGGUAUGCUUGCAACCUUUCUGGCAGGAGGGAAAUAGUAAGGAUGGCGGUGAGACGGAGUACAAUUUUCUGGAUAUUGAUGGGGAAGGCGGACAGAUACCUCUGUAA